GCAGUUCUGGAAAAAUUCAGCGGAGCAUGGCUUGCACUGGAGUGCUGGCCUUUGUCUCAUCACCUUCCAAGGUAUGCAAAACCACCAACUCUCUUCCUUACUCUCUACAUCGCUCUCCUUCUACUACUUCUACUGCUUCAAUGAAUGAACAGCAACUAGAUAACUCUGAAAGCAGUAGUAUUACACCACAGAAAUUUAGCUAUAGCAGAGCUUCACCAUCGGUCAGAUGGCCCCAUCUUAAGCUUUCUGAGACUUGCCCUUCUCCCCAUACCCGGUUUAAUGUUGCUUCCCCGCCGCCUGCCCAUUUUGUUGAUGAAAUGCCCGAAUCGGAGGGCGAAGAUGGGACCCGGAAUGUGGGUUCUGCAGAGUCUUUGGAAGUGGAUGAUGAGACCCAGGAAAGAUUGGGGAGGAAGAGUAGAACUAGGGUUAAGAAAAUGAACAAAUUGGCCCUCAAGAGGGCCAAGGAUUGGAGGGAAAGGGUGAAAUUUUUUACUGAUAGGAUAUUAGAAUUGAAGCCGGAUCAGUUUGUGGCUGAUGUGUUGGAUGAUCGGAAGGUGCAGAUGACACCUACUGAUUUUUGCUUUGUUGUGAAGUGGGUAGGCCAGGAGAACUGGCACCGGGCAUUGGAGGUGUAUGAGUGGUUGAAUUUGCGUCACUGGUAUUCCCCUAAUGCCCGGAUGCUUGCCACUAUUUUGGCCGUGUUGGGAAAGGCCUAUCAAGAGGCCUUGGCUGUGGAAAUAUUUACUAGAGCAGAGCCCUCUGUUGGUAAUACUGUGCAAGUCUAUAACGCCAUGAUGGGUGUGUAUGCAAGGACUGGUAGGUUCAAUAAGGUUCAAGAACUGCUUGAUCUGAUGCGUGAGAGAGGAUGUGAACCAGACCUUGUUAGUUUCAAUACUUUGAUAAAUGCUCGAUUGAAGGCAGGUGCAAUGAUGCCAAAUGUGGCCAUGGAGCUUUUAAAUGAGGUGAGGAGGUCAGGGCUUAGGCCAGAUACAAUCACUUACAAUACUCUUAUUAGCGCUUGUUCACGUGAAUCAAAUUUGAAGGAGGCCAUGAAGGUUUUUGAUUAUAUGGAGGCACAUCGUUGUCAACCUGAUCUAUGGACGUACAAUGCUAUGAUUUCGGUAUAUGGAAGAUGUGGGUUGUCUGGCAAAGCAGAACAGCUUUUUAAGGAAUUGGAGGUGAAAGGGUUUUUCCCAGAUGCAGUGACAUAUAACUCUUUGUUGUAUGCUUAUGCAAGAGAAGGGAAUGUGAAUAAGGUAAAAGAGGUUUGUGAGGAAAUGGUGAAUACAGGGUUUAGUAAAGAUGAGAUGACAUAUAAUACUAUUAUCCACAUGUAUGGAAGGCAAGGUCAGCAUGAUCUAGCAUUAAAGCUUUAUAGGGACAUGAAGUUUUCAGGUCGAACUCCUGAUGCAGUUACAUAUACUGUCUUGAUUGAUUCACUUGGGAAGGCAAAUAAGAUGGCAGAGGCUGCUAGUGUGAUGUCAGAGAUGUUGGACACAGGAGUUAAACCUACUUUAAGGACUUAUAGUGCUUUGAUUUGUGGGUAUGCCAAGGCUGGGAAACGAGUGGAGGCUGAAGAGACAUUUGAUUGCAUGCUAAGAUCUGGAAUUAGACCCGAUCAACUAGCAUACUCAGUUAUGUUGGAUAUCUUCUUGAGGUUUAAUGAGCAAAAGAAGGCAAUGAUGUUGUACAAGGAAAUGGUUCGCGAUGGUAUCCCUCCAGAUCCUACUGUUUAUGGGGUAAUGCUUCGAAAUCUUGGAAGAGAAAGUAAAGUGGAGGAUAUUGAAAGAGUAAUUAGAGAUAUGGAAGAACUAUGUGGUAUGAAUCCACAAUCUAUUGCUUCUAUUCUUGUCAAGGGUGAAUGCUAUGAUGCUGCCUCAAAAAUGCUGAGGCUGGCCAUCAGUGGGUGCUGUGAAAUUGACCAUGAGAGUUUACUGUCCAUUUUGAGUUCAUAUAGUUCAUCUGGGAGACACUCUGAAGCACUUGACUUGCUUAAAUUCUUAAAAGAACAUGCUCCUAGUUCCAGCCAACUUGUAACUAAAGCUUCAAUUGUUACACUUUGCAAGGCUAAGCAGUUAGAUGCUGCUUUAAAGGAAUAUAACAGCAUGAGGGAAUUUGGCUGGUUUUGUGGGAGUUGUACCAUGUAUGAGUCCUUGAUUCAGUCCUGUGAAGAAAAUGAACUCACUGCUGAAGCUUCUCAAAUUUUUUCUGACAUGAGAUUCAGUGGUGUCAAACCUUCUGAAUCUCUCUACCAAAGUAUGGUGCUCUUGUAUUGUAAAAUGGGUUUCCCUGAAACAGCUCAUCAUAUGAUUGACUUGGCAGAAUUGGAGGGCAUGCCGUUUGAUAAUAUCUCUAUUGAUGUUGCUGUCAUUGAGACAUAUGGAAAAUUGAAGUUGUGGCAGAAAGCAGAAAGCCUGGUGGGGAAUCUUAGACAAAGAUGUGUGACUGUGGAUCGGAAAGUCUGGAAUGCUUUAAUACAAGCUUAUGCAGCAAGUGGCUGUUAUGAGCGAGGCAGGGCUGUUUUUAAUACAAUGAUGAGAGAUGGUCCUUCCCCAACUGUAGAUUCCAUUAAUGGUCUUUUGCAAGCUUUGAUUGUUGAUGGAAGAUUGGAAGAGCUUUAUGUGGUAAUCCAGGAGUUGCAAGAUAUUGGUUUUAAAAUCAGCAAAAGUUCUAUUUUUUUGAUGCUUGAUGCAUUUGCAAGGGCAGGAAAUAUAUUUGAAGUGAAAAAAAUAUACCAUGGAAUGAAGGCCGCAGGUUAUUUCCCCACCAUGCAUCUUUACAGAAUAAUGAUUGGGUUGUUAUGCAGGGGAAGACGGGUAAGAGAUGCUGAAGCCAUGGUUUCUGAGAUGGAAGAAGCAGGAUUCAGGCCUGAUCUUUCAAUAUGGAAUUCCAUGCUCAGGUUAUACACUGGAAUUGAUGAUUUUAGGAAGACAACUCAAAUUUACCAGCGGAUUAAACAAGAUGGACUUGAACCAGAUGAGGACACUUACAAAACAUUGAUUGUAAUGUAUUGCAGAGACCAUAGACCAGAGGAAGGGCUUUCACUGAUGCACGAAAUGAGAAGGGUUGGAUUGGAGCCCAAAUUGGAUACUUACAAAAGUUUGAUUGCAGCAUUUGGUAAGCAGCAAUUGGUGGUGCAAGCAGAGGAACUUUUUGAAGAGUUACUAUCAAAAGGAUAUAAAUUGGAUCGCUCUUUUUAUCAUAUUAUGAUGAAAAUAUUUAGAAAUUCUGGAAAUCACUCCAAAGCUGAAAAGCUGUUGAGCAUGAUGAAGGAUGCAGGAGUAGAACCCACUAUUGCCACAAUGCACUUACUCAUGGUGUCCUAUGGCAGCUCUGGACAGCCCCAGGAAGCUGAAAAAGUGCUCACUAAUUUGAAAGGAUCAGGUUUAAAUCUCAGUACACUGCCAUAUAGUUCUGUUAUUGACGCUUAUCUUAGAAAUAGGGAUUACAAUGUUGGAAUUCAGAAACUCAUGGAGAUGAAGAAAGAUGGUCUGGAGUCAGAUCACAGAAUAUGGACAUGCUUUAUUAGAGCUGCUAGUUUGUCCCAGCACAGACGUGAAGCCAUUAUCCUUUUAAAUGCUUUGCGAGAUUCUGGCUUUAAUCUCCCAAUCAGGCUUCUAACACAAAGAUCUGAGUUGCUAGUUUCAGAGGUGGAUCAAUGUCUCGAGAUGCUUGAAAACAUGGAAGACAAUGCAGCCUUCAACUUUGUUAAUGCCUUGGAGGAUUUGUUGUGGGCAUUUGAACUUCGAGCCACUGCUUCAUGGGUUUUUCAAUUGGCAGUCAAGAGGAGCAUCUAUGGCCAUGAUGUGUUCAGGGUGGCUGACCAAGAUUGGGGGGCUGAUUUUAGAAAGUUGUCAGGUGGUGCAGCUCUUGUUGGUCUUACUUUAUGGCUUGACCACAUGCAGGAUGCUUCUUUACGAGGUUAUCCAGCAUCUCCUAAGUCAGUUGUGCUGAUAACUGGGACUGCUGAAUACAACAUGGUUUCACUUAAUAACACAUUGAAGGCAUGCCUUUGGGAGAUGGGAUCUCCAUUUCUUCCCUGCAAAACACGAAGUGGACUCCUUGUAGCUAAGGCACACUCCCUCAGAAUGUGGUUGAAGGACUCGCCUUUCUGCUUGGACCUUGAGUUGAAAGAUGCUCCAUCUCUCCCUGAAUCAAACUCGAUGCAGCUUAUUGAGGGAUGUUUCAUAAGGCGUGGCCUUGUUCCUGCCUUUAAGGAGAUAACUGAGAAACUUGGAUUGGUGAGGCCAAAAAAAUUUGCAAAAUUGGCUUUACUAUCAGAUGACAAAAGAGAAAAGGCAAUUCAAGCUGACAUAGAGGGUCGGAAAGAAAAGUUGGAAAAGCUUAAGAGUAAGGUUGAGCUUAGGAGGAAAAAUAAGAUAAAGAAGCUAAGAAAGAGAAAAUCUAUUCAGCGAGUCAUGCUGUCAAAGCCUGAGUAGAUUAAAUUAGAUUAUCAAACUGUGGAAUAGAAAUGCCCUGUUUGGAAGACUACAUGAUUAUGUUGAAAUUUAUCUAGCUAUGUGAUUUAGCAAUUUCCUGUGCCUUGUGGUCAACCAUGGAGUAUUGCAGUUGCUGAAGUGAAUGAGCAAGAAAAUUUCCCCUUUCUGACUACAAAUAGUUAAAGUGAUAAGAGAACCUCAUAAUUCUGGCUUGUCACAGAUGCUAUAUCAUUCCAUGCAGCUAAUCACAGACUAAUUGCACUUCAUUUAAGCUUCUGGAAAAUGGGGGAAAUAAAAUGAUGCUUUAUUUUUUAUGAAGCAAAUCAUCAUUGCUGGAAGCAUAGAAAAUAGAAUUUUAACUAACAGAGAGAUAAAACUCGUCAAGGCUUCAAUCAUCAUUCUUUUUUGUCACUCCUUAACUGGAAACCAUGGUAAUUUGUGGUUAACUCUGAUCAUGUUCUUCUGGUAUCCAGCAGCGCACAGAACAUUCUGCCAUGAUGGUUCGCACAGCGCAAGCUAUAACUGUAGUUUGCAUCCUACAUUUUAUGGAGAAGUGGCGUCCUUCAAGAAUUCUUUUCUGAUUGAACUGAAUUAUGUUGACAGCUCUGAUCUAGCCCAGAACUCUGCAAUAGGAUAAUGACUGGAGACAACAAUGUUGUGAUAGAAAUUCACUCUUCCCCUUGAAAAAGAGUCUGGCUGGUUAUCUUCCAAAUCAACCAUACCAGAAAACAUCUAUUUGAAUAGCUGAUUUUAUCUGUAAUUACUACGGAUCAACAAUGCAUUAAAAUUUGUUGUCAAGAAUCAUUGUUUUCUUGAUAAAUGUGUACAAAGUUUCAGCUAGUUUUGUUAUGGAAGGAUAAUAAUCGACUGUUUCUAAA